GCAAAACACACUCGCCCCAGAGGCAGCGCGGCCGAGCCCAAGCCGCGGCCGGAGCGGAGCCGGAGAGCAGCGGCGGCACCAUGACCCUGGGUAGCUGCUGCUGCGAGAUCAUGUCCUCCGAGAGCUCCCCGGCCGCGCUCUCCGAGGCCGACGCAGACAUAGACGUGGUGGGCGGCGGCAGCGGUGGGGGGGAGCUCCCAGCCCGCUCCGGGCCCCGAGCCCCCCGGGACGUGCUCCCCCACGGCCACGAGCCUCCCCCGGAGGAAGCCGAGGCAGACGUAGCAGAGGACGAGGAGGAGUCGGGUGGCUGCUCGGAGGGCGAGCCUCGCGCUCUAGCGCCCCGGGGGUCGGCGGCUGCCGCGGGAAGCCCAGGGCCAGGCGCGGCGGCAGCCCGAGGCGCGGCGGGGCCCGGGCCGGGACCGCCGUCGGGGGGCGCGGCGACGCGGAGCCCGCUAGUGAAGCCGCCCUACUCAUACAUCGCGCUCAUCACCAUGGCCAUCCUGCAGAGCCCCAAGAAGCGCCUGACGCUGAGCGAGAUCUGUGAGUUCAUCAGCGGCCGCUUCCCCUACUACCGGGAGAAGUUCCCCGCCUGGCAGAACAGCAUCCGCCACAACCUCUCGCUCAACGACUGCUUCGUCAAGAUCCCCCGCGAGCCGGGGAACCCGGGCAAGGGCAACUACUGGACGCUCGACCCGGAGUCGGCCGACAUGUUCGACAACGGCAGCUUCCUGCGGCGCCGCAAGCGCUUCAAGCGGCAGCCGCUACCGCCGCCGCAUCCACACCCGCACCCGCACCCGGAGUUGUUGUUGCGUGGCGGGGCCGCGGCGGCGGGGGACCCCGGCGCCUUCCUGCCCGGCUUCGCUGCUUACGGAGCCUAUGGCUACGGCUACGGGCUGGCGCUCCCGGCCUACGGCGCACCCCCGCCGGGGCCGGCCCCGCAUCCGCAUCCACACCCGCACGCCUUCGCUUUCGCCGCUGCAGCCGCUGCUGCUCCUUGCCAGCUGUCGGUUCCUCCAGGCCGCUCUGCGGCACCUCCACCCGGACCUCCGACGGCCUCGGUGUUCGCGGGCGCAGCAUCGGCCCCAGCGCCUGCGCCUGCCCCAGGGUCGGGCCCGGGCCCCGCAGGCCUGCCCGCCUUCCUGGGCGCAGAGCUGGGCUGCGCCAAAACCUUCUACCCCGCGUCCCUGAGCCCUCCUGCGGCUGGCACCGCGGCCAGUCUGUCCACUGCACUUCUACGCCAGGGCCUCAAGACGGACGCAGGCAGUGGUGCAGGCGGCGGGGGCGCCGGGGCAGGGCAGAGGCCUUCCUUCUCUAUAGACCACAUUAUGGGCCACGGUGGCGGCGGGGCAGCACCUCCGGGCGGUGGCGAGGGCUCCCCGGGACCCCCGUUCGCGGCAGCCGCUGGUCCUGGGGGUCAAGCCCAGGUCUUGGCCAUGCUGACUGCCCCGGCCCUGGCUCCCGUAGCCGGCCACAUUCGCCUGUCGCACCCUGGGGACGCGCUCCUGUCCUCAGGGUCCCCGUUUGCCAGCAAAGUCGCCGGCCUCAGUGGCUGCCACUUCUGACCACAGCGGGCUCAGGGCCGGUUAGGCCCGCACUCAGCCUCUCCCCGGAGCUCCUGCGGACCCAGCGGAACUCAGGGAGUCUAUUUAUGAAGAGUCUGCAGACCUUGGACCGGCGCGCGUGACUUGGCUCUUCAGGCUUCAUGCUCGGAAUCUCGCCGAUAGUUGGGACGAAGCGGGCUCUGUCACUCAGGGCGAGGCCCAGGUCUACACGUGAAGAGGUCGCAAGCCAAGAUCCCAACCCAGUUUGAGCAGUAAAAGAGGGAGCGGGGAGCCUUCGUUUUUCCCCUGCCUCUGCAUCUCUCCGCAGCCCCGGAAGCAUGCAUUCCGGGAGAGAUGCCUGCCCAGGCCCUGCUGAUUUCGCCAGAAACACCAACUGCGCUGAGAGGUGUCCCUUUCUGCCUCUCCCCCUCACUUCCUUCCCCAACUUUGAGACCCAGCUUGUCCAAUAUUAUAAUUUAAAGACAUCUAUUAUCCGCUUUGUGCUUAAAAGAAAAAUUCAACUUUUUUUUUUUUUUUUUUUUGCUGUUCUCCAAGGAAGUUCGUUCCCUCUGAAGCCUAAACCGGUGUCUACGCAGGCGGAGCUGAACGGAGAGGUGAAGCAGGGGGUCUUCCUCACAAUUCCUGCAGAAACCCUGGAUCCCACUCCACUGAGGAAAAUCCUUUCUCUUUUGUGUUUGGGUGCUUUUAAAGGAACUUUUCCCCUUUCCCCUGGCCAGCUGGGUCCAGCCAUCCGGGGCCGGCAGCCCUCUCAGCGUUCUGCUCUGUCCCAGGCCCUGCGAUAUUUAUUGUAGCUAAAGGCGAUGAGGUUGGGGGGGAGAGAAGGGUCGGGCCAGGGACUGGAGAGGUGGGAGUGGGGGGUGGGCGAGGGAUGCCCUGUGGCAGGGGUUCCUGUAAUUAUGUGUAAAUAUCUGUACAGCGGGCGGCUCUCUGGGUUCUCUGUCCACUGGGUGUGCGUUGAUUUAGAUUUCUCCACUGUGGGGAGACUCUGUGAAAUCAUCUGAUGGUUUGUGUGGAAGAAAAGAAAAAAAUGUGUCUCCCCCCCACUCCCCCUUGGUGUCAAUUGAAUAAAUGUAUGUGAAUUUCA